CACUUCUGCCCAGUGGUUGCUUUUAAGUUUUAACUUGCAUUUUUUCUUCCCUUGAGAUUUUGACGAAUCGGCAGCGCAACGGGGAGGGAUCGGGCGUAGCUAGGGUUUGAAAGGCCAUGGCAGGAUCAGGGAGUUCGAUGCUGUAUUCCUUUCUUCUAUUUACUGUCAUUCUCUCGCUCCAAGAGAUGUAUCGAGGGAAGUUAGCGUCGUCGGAGCUGUUUACAAUUCUAGGAGGAUUCAUCAGCUCCCUCUUGUUUCUUGUGUCACUAACAUUCAUUGGGAAUUUCCAGGAAGCAUGUGGGAUAAGGACUGGCUGGGGUGCUGUCAUAUUAGCGGAAGCCAUUGCACUGAUUGCUGCUAGCACUGUUCACCGAGUUUGUAUCACAACAUGUUUCUUGUUCUCAGCUGGAUUACUUUAUGAGAUAAACAACAUUUCAGGAGUGAUGCUUUCUAAGAGUGAAUUGAAAACAAAGAGGCACUGAGUUGAAAUAUCAUUCCUGUUCACCGAAAAGAUAUUUGUUUAGAAUGUUACCUUCCUGUGGACUAGUAGUAAUUAAUAGUCAUCAAUUAUGUGAAUUUAGAAAUUUUCUUGCCAACAUUACUGCUAGUCACUUGUUAUUGGCUCUGAAGGACUUAUAGAUGGGUGGAUGGGACACAGAUCUUCUCCCCACUCCCUCCCUCACCUUUAUUUCAUUUGAUGAAGAAUUUUGAGAAUCGUUAU